UGUUUCUAACAGCAAACACUCAGAAUACAGUGAGAUGAUCUGCUGAUGAUCCUGAAUGGCUUGUUGAAUGAGUGUUGAUAGUCUGAGGAUCAUCAAUAUUAACAGAUCUGCUGAAAACACUCUUUAUUUCAUGACAAUAGUUCCUGUUUUCACCUCAUUUAUUAUGCUGAUGUCUUCAGAUCUCCUGUACAUUGACACUUAAAGCUCAUUUCAUUGGUGUCAGCAGAUUGAGGGGAUUUGUUGGCUACUAUUUGUACAUUGUUUAUUUCUGUUUAUGCUUUCAACUGUUUUUCUUACUAUUAUAUAUAUUUUGAAGAAUUUACAUUAUUAUAUUUUGUUGUCCAUGAGCAAAACACAAACAAACUUAGUUACUUAUAUAUUUUAGAUUUGGAAAGAUAAGCUCCCCCCACAGCAGUCACAUCAUCAGUGAAGCUCCUCCCACUGCAAUCACAUCAUCAGUGAAGCUCCUCCCACAGCAGUCACAUAAUCAGUGAAGCUCCUCCCACAGCAGUCACAUCAUCAGUGAAGCUCCUCCCACAGUAAUUCUCCAAUAAAUGCUGUAAAUUCACAUCAGUUACAAGUGAAGAUGAGCAUCAGAGCAUCAGGAAGAGCUGAAAUCUGCCAAGACUGAGUUUAUUAAAGAGGACAGUGAGAACAUGAGUGAUCCAGAACCCUGCAGAAUGAAACACACUGAAGAUCCUGAAGAACAAAGAGACUCGAUGGAAGUGAAUGAGGAGAGAGAAGAACUGAGUGAAGUGGAGGAGGAGAGUGAAGAACUGAGUGAAGUGGAGGAGGAGAGAGAAGAACUGAGUGAAGUGGAGGAGGAGAGAGAAGAACUGAGUGAAGUGAAGGAGGAGAGAGAAGAACUGAGUGAAGUGGAGGAGGAGAGAGAAGAACUGAGUGAAGUGAAGGAGGAGAGUGAAGAACUGAGUGAAGUGGAGGAGGAGAGAGAAGAACUGAGUGAAGUGAAGGAGGAGAAUGAAGAACUGAGUGAAGUGAAGGAGGAGAGUGAAGAACUGAGUGAAGUGAAGGAGGAGAGAGAAGAACUGAGUGAAGUGAAGGAGGAGAGAGAAGAACUGAGUGAAGUGAAGGAGGAGAGAGAAGAACUGAGUGAAGUGGAGGAGGAGAGAGAAGAACUGAGUGAAGUGGAGGAGGAGAAAGAAGAACUGAGAGAAGUGGAGGAGGAGAGAGAAGAACUGAGUGAAGUGAAGGAGGAGAGAGAAGAACUGAGUGAAGUGAAGGAGGAGAGAGAAGAACUGAGUGAAGUGAAGGAGGAGAGAGAAGAACUGAGUGAAGUGGAGGAGGAGAGAGAAGAACUGAGUGAAGUGAAGGAGGAGAGAGAAGAACUGAGUGAAGUGGAGGAGGAGAGAGAAGAACUGAGUGAAGUGAAGGAGGAGAGAGAAGAACUGAGUGAAGUGAAGGAGGAGAGAGAAGAACUGAGUGAAGUGAAGGAGGAGAGAGAAGAACUGAGUGAAGUGGAGGAGGAGAGAGAAGAACUGAGUGAAGUGAAGGAGGAGAGAGAAGAACUGAGUGAAGUGGAGGAGGAGAGUGAAGAACUGAGAGAAGUGACGGAGGAGAGAGAAGAACUGAGUGAAGUGGAGGAGGAGAGAGAAGAACUGAGUGAAGUGAAGGAGGAGAGAGAAGAACUGAGUGAAGUGAAGGAGGAGAGAGAAUAACUGAGUGAAGUGCAGGAGGAGAGUGAAGAACUGAGAGAAGUGACGGAGGAGAGAGAAGAACUGAGUGAAGUGAAGGAGGAGAGAGAAGAACUGAGUGAAGUGAAGGAGGAGAGAGAAGAACUGAGUGAAGUGAAGGAGGAGAGAGAAGAACUGAGUGAAGUGGAGGAG